CGUUGUUAUUGGGGAGAGAAAAAGACCGGCCUUUUGGCAAGCAAGAAACGCGAAGCUCGUCUUCCUGAAUAAGCUCAGAGAAAUGGCAGCCAUUUUAGCUCGCAAGUCUAUGUCCGCUAUUCGCUAUCGCCAUCUCGCUGCAGUGGGACAAACCUUGCAGGUUCCUAAUAUCCAUGGGACAAUUUUUGGUGCACGUUCCUUUGCAACCAAACAUUCAUUUUCCACUAAGAAAGAUGAUGAAGAAAGAGAGAAGCUUGCAAGAGAGAUCUCAAAAGACUGGAGUUCUGUUUUUGAGCGAAGCAUUAAUAUAUUAUUUCUAACUGAACUGGUUCGAGGGCUGUCUCUGACACUCAAAUACUUCUUCGAACCAAAAGUGACUAUCAAUUAUCCAUUUGAAAAGGGUCCUUUAAGUCCUCGGCUUUUCUAG